UUCAAUUUUUUAUUAGGGUUAUCUUUGCGGCAUGGAUUUGUAUAUAUCACGGGGCCAUUUCUGGGCAUUCACGUGGGGUUCGUGUGUCAGGCGUGCAGGGUAGGCACAGCAGUUAGGAGCUCAGUCCUUCUGUGUGCCCUUGUAUAUUCGCCCGGCCUCUCUGAGCCUCAGUUUCUUCAUUUGUCAUUUAAGGAAAUCACAGUGACUCCAGCCUCCCUGGGCUGUUGAGAGAAUCCCAUUGGUCCAUGAAAGGAGAGUGCUUUGGCCGCGGGGCAGCUCAGACCGGGACAGACGUUAGGGCGGGAGGGAAGGAGUCCCGCUGACCCAGACGGGCGCGGGCACGAGGCUUUUCUCGAAGGUUACAUAAGGCGGCCCGGGGUGGCGGCCGCGGCCGGGAGCGCGCGUCCGUCGAAGGGGGAAAGGGGCGUGGGGACGGCAGCGGCGGCCGGGACCCCCGGGGCGUGAGUGCGGCGCCGCCGGCCUAGGUGGGCGCGGCGCGGCUCGCGAGCGAGCGCAGGGCGCGGCGGAGUCGGGUUUCAGAGCGCGGGUGACUCAGGGCGCGGGCCGGGAGCCGGGAGCCUGCCCGCCGCCGCCGCCGCCGCUGCCCAGCGCCGCCUUUGUUCGCUGCAGGAAGGGCGAGCGGCGGCCAGCGCUCAGCCGGGCGCACGGUGCCUUCGGGGGGUUCGGCGGGCCUGCGAGAUGGCGCCAAGGAGGAACGGACGGUGCUGGCGCCUGCUGUUGCUGCUUUCGGUCUCCGCGCUUCUCCCCGCUGUCACCCGGACCCGCUCCGCGACAGAAUCGGUUUCUCUGGGCCACCUGGACCUCACGGAGCUCAUCGGUGUCCCCCUGCCCUCAUCUGUGUCCUUUGUCACGGGCUAUGGUGGCUUCCCAGCCUACAGCUUUGGGCCUGGUGCCAACGUCGGCCGCCCGGCCAGGACCCUCAUCCCUCCCACCUUCUUCAGGGACUUUGCCAUCACCGUCACGGUGAAGCCCAGCAGCGCCACAGGCGGUGUGCUCUUUGCUAUCACGGAUGCCUUCCAGAAGGUCAUCUACCUGGGCCUGCGGCUCUCGGGUGUGGAGGAUGGCCGCCAGCGGAUCAUCCUCUACUACACAGAGCCAGGCUCCCACGUGUCCCAUGAGGCUGCUGCCUUCCUAGUGCCCGUGAUGACCCACAGGUGGAACCGCUUUGCAGUGAUUGUCCAGGGCGAGGAAGUGACCCUCUUCAUGGAGUGUGAGGAGCACAGCCACGUCCCCUUCCAGCGGUCCUCCCGGGCUUUGGCUUUCGAGCCCAGCGCGGGAAUCUUCGUGGGCAAUGCAGGAGCCACGGGGCUGGAGAGAUUCACCGGCUCCAUACAGCAGCUCACUGUCCACCCGGACCCCAGGACCCCUGAGGAGCUGUGUGAAGCCGAUGAGUCCUCGGGGUCGGGAGAGACCAGCGGGCUUCAGGAGACAGAGGGAGUGGCCGAGAUCUUAGAAGCUGUCACCUACACUCAAGCCCCGUCUAAAGAAGCAAAAGUGGAACCCAUAAACACACCUCCGACUCCAUCCACUCCUUCUGAUGAUGGGGAGCUUUCCGGAGAGCCUGUACCUGAGGGGACUCUGGAAACCACCAACUUGAGUGUCAUCCUGCACAGCAGCCCUGAGCAAGGGUCUGGUGAGAUCCUGAACGACACACUGGAGGGAGUUCAUACUGUGGACGGUGCCCCCGUUACAGACGUUGGCUCGGGGGAUGGGACCCUCAUCCAUGUCACUGAAGAGAGUGUGCACACUGAAGAAGGUUUGGCAGCCACAGCAGCGGCCGGGGAGGCGGAGGUGCCCAUCAGCACCGCUGGGGAAGCGGAGGCCAGCAGUGCACCCACCGGGGGGCCAGCCCUGUCCUUGUCCACUGAGGACAUGGGGGAAGGCGUCACUCCAGGUGCAGAUGCUGAAGAAGGCUCGGCAGCCACAGCAGCUGAAGAGGCCGAGGUGCCCGUCAGCACGGCUGGGGAAGUGGAGGCCGGCAGCGUGCCCACGGCGGGGGUGACCCUCUCUGUGUACACCCAGGGCCUAGGGGAACGGGUGACACUGGGUCCAGUCGGUGAAGAAGCGUUAACAACAGCAGCAGCUGCAGCAGAAGCGUCCCUCAGCACUUCUGAGGAAGAGGAAGCUCGUGGUGUCCCUACAGACGGCCUGGCUCCCCUCACACCCACAGCAGCCCCUGAGCAAGAGGUCACUUCUGGUCCUGGCGAUGAGGAAGACCUAGCAGCCGCCUCCACGGAGGAGCCCAUCCCCGUGGCUGUGGCAGAAGAGCUGGACAGCACCCUCCCUGAGGGGCCCCCACUUCCCGUACCCACAGUGGCUUCUGAAAGAACGGUCACUCCGGGUGAAGCUGGGGAGGGGCUUCCUGGCCACCCUGAACCUGUCAGGCCUACUGCAGCCACGGUGAGCGCUGAGGCUGAGGGCUCUGGCCUGGGCUGGGGAUCAGACGUCGGCUCUGGCUCUGGGGACCUCGUGCGCACUGAGGAGCUGUUAAGAGGUCCCCCAGGUCCCCCGGGCCCACCCGGCUCACCUGGGAUUCCAGGAAAACCAGGAACUGAUGUUUUCAUGGGACCCCCUGGAUCGCCUGGAAAGGAUGGAGCUGCUGGUGAACCUGGGCCCCCGGGCCCUGAGGGACAGCCUGGACCCGAUGGAGCCUCCGGCCUUCCUGGGAUGAAGGGGGAGAAGGGAGCAAGAGGGCCUAAUGGGUCAGCCGGUGAAAAGGGUGAUCCUGGCAGCAGAGGCUUACCAGGACCGCCGGGGAAAAAUGGACAAGUUGGCGCUCCUGGGGUCAUGGGACCCCCAGGGCCUCCUGGACCCCCGGGGCCCCCAGGCCCUGGAUGUGCAAUGGGACUUGGAUUUGAGGAUACCGAAGGGUCUGGAAGCAUCAGGCUGUUGCAUGAACCCAGGAUCUCUGGACCAGCGGUUUCAAGUGGUCCCAAAGGAGAAAAAGGAGACCAGGGGCCCAAGGGUGACAGAGGGAUGGAUGGAGCCAGCAUUGUGGGACCCCCUGGGCCCAGGGGGCCGCCAGGGCGCAUCGAGGUCUUGUCCAGUUCUUUGGUUAACAUCACCCACGGGUUCCUGAAUCUCUCGGAUAUCCCUGAGCUCAUUGGGCCUCCGGGUCCGGAGGGCAUACCUGGGCUGCCGGGAUUUCCAGGCCAUCGUGGACCAAAAGGUGACACCGGUGUGCCUGGAUUUCCAGGACUAAAAGGAGAACAGGGAGAGAAGGGAGAGCCAGGUGCCAUCCUCACCGGGGACAUUCCUCUGGAACGGCUGCAGGGGAGAAAGGGUGAACCUGGUGUGCAUGGAGCCCCCGGACCAAUGGGGCCCAAAGGACCACCAGGACACAAAGGAGAGUUUGGCCUCCCCGGACGACCCGGUCGUCCGGGACUGAAUGGCCUCAAGGGCGCCAAGGGAGACCGAGGGGUCAUGAUGCCGGGCCCACCUGGCUUACCUGGUCCUCCAGGGCCCCCUGGACCCCCUGGAGCUGUGAUCAACAUCAAAGGAGCUGUCUUCCCAAUACCAGUCCGGCCACACUGCAAAACGCCGGUUGAUACCACUCAUCCUGGGAAUUCAGAACUCAUCACCUUUCAUGGUGUUAAAGGAGAAAAAGGAUCCUGGGGUCUUCCCGGCUCAAAAGGAGAAAAAGGCGACCAGGGGGCCCAGGGACCACCAGGCCCUCCAGUGGACCCAACUUACCUGAGAUACCUUCUAAACAGUUUGAAGGGGGAGAACGGAGACAGGGGGAUCAAAGGAGAAAAAGGAGACUCUCAUGGUGACUUCUUUGUGUCAGGGCCUCCAGGACUACCAGGAAGUCCCGGCCUGGUUGGGCAGAAAGGGGAGACUGUCGUCGGGCCCCAGGGACCCCCUGGUGCUCCUGGCCUGCCUGGGCCUCCUGGCUUUGGAAGACCUGGUUCACCUGGGCCACCGGGCCCCCCAGGGCCACCAGGACCACCAGCUAUCCUCGGAGCAGCUGUGGCCCUUCCAGGCCCACCCGGCCCUCCAGGACAGCCAGGGCUUCCCGGAUCCAGAAACCUGGUUACGGCAUUUAGCAGCAUGGAUGAUAUGCUGCAGAAAGCACAUUUGGUUAUCGAAGGGACGUUCAUCUACCUGAGGGACAGCACAGACUUCUUUAUUCGUGUCCGAGAUGGGUGGAAGAAAUUGCAGCUGGGAGAACUGAUCCCCAUUCCCGAGGACAGCCCGCCGCCUCCUGCGCUCUCCAGCAAUCCCCAUCAGCCACAGCCUCCACUGAUGUCUCUGUCAAGUGUCAAUUACCAGAGGCCUGCACUGCACUUGGUCGCUCUGAACACGCCAUUUUCUGGAGACAUUCGAGCUGACUUUCAGUGCUUCCAGCAGGCCAGGGCUGCAGGACUGUUGUCCACCUAUCGAGCAUUCUUAUCGUCCCAUUUGCAAGACCUCUCCACGGUUGUGAGGAAAGCAGAGAGAUAUAGCCUUCCAAUAGUGAACCUCAAGGGCCAAGUACUUUUCAAUAAUUGGGACUCAAUUUUUUCUGGCCACGGAGGUCAGUUCAAUACACAUGUUCCAAUAUACUCGUUUGAUGGCCGAGACGUGAUGACAGAUCCUUCCUGGCCCCAGAAGGUCAUCUGGCACGGCUCCAGCACCCAUGGAGUGCGUCUUGUGGAUAAGUACUGUGAAGCGUGGCGAACCGCCGACAUGGCUGUCAUGGGACUGGCCUCCCCACUGAGCACAGGGAAGAUUCUGGACCAGAAAGCAUAUAGCUGUGCUAAUAGGCUAAUUGUUCUGUGUAUCGAAAACAGUUUCAUGACAGAUGCUAGGAAGUAAUGACCCUCCAAUGAUUCUUAAGAGUUUUCCAAUUUUUCGUAUGUGAAGAACCAACACUGAAAUCGAAAAUGUUUAAAUGUUGUAAAUAUUAAUUUUUUAUUACACAUCCGUCACAACAGCAGCCAAAGAAAACAUACCUCAAUACACUCAAAACUGAAGACAUAAAGGACUCAGAUCAAAAGUAAAAUCUGAUCCAUCUAUCGGUGCUAUAGAUUCUGCAGGAGACCCCAUGCAGUGUGAACACAUCCCAGCACGGUUAAGAGCGAGUUGAAAACAAAGGCCUUGGCUUUCUGCCCACUGCAUCCUUCAGAAAGUAAUUUCUUCCUUUAACCAUUGUUGUUGAGUGUAAGAUGUCCUUCAUGUUUUCUCACAAAGUCAGUGUUCAGAAAUGUUACCCUAAGUUAUGUGCAGACCAAAUGCUUUAUUCUUCAUACAUCCAUAAUAUACAUCCGUCCUUUGCUGUUCAUACAGAGACACAGAACUGCUCAAAUGAUCCUAUUUGUAUUUUCUGAUAUUACCAGACCCUAAUGUUUAUUUCCUAAAAUAUUUUUGCCAUCAUGCUUUAGGAGUUUUAGAUUUUUACACAAUAUUUUAGUAUGGCAUCUGUUUAUAUAACUCCGACUUGCUGGAAAAGGUUAAACUCCAAAUUAUCUGAAACUAGAAAAGAAAUAAUGUGUAAUGACUACCUUUCCCUUGGCAGGCCCUCCCCACCCUCUGCCCCAGAUUUUAUGACUUUCGCGGGGCAACUCUCGAAUUAUAACGGCGUUGAACAAACAGGUUCAUGAGGAUGAAUUUUCUGAGACACAUAUAUCUUUGUGCUAUAUGCUUUGAUUUUUUUCCAUGUAAGUGAACAUAAAAACGUCUUUUCCAGGUGCUUUCUUCUGUUUGACUCUUUUCCCCUAGUUCCUUUAUUCUCCACCACUGAUGUGGAAGUGGCCCUGGGGUGGGUUUGCUAACCCUGCCACUGCUCCACAGCCCUCAGGAGAUGAUCAGAGAACAGGAGCAUUUCCCGUCACGCUCCUCCACCCCUGCCUGUUGUCUCCCACUUGGAGGGCGCAGCAUGGGGUAGGGCAGAAGGACCCCAGCGAGGAAAACAGGGUGAACUAUGACUGUUGCAGUGCGUGACCUUGGGCAAGCCCGCCUUGUUUUUUCAAGGAGGUUGGGAUAAAAUAACCAUAUCAGCUCCCAGUAAUUAAACAUCAGACUUAUUAUAAGGCCCAUUUACCUUUCUUAAUAACCCUGCAAGGUAGGUAUUUUUAGCUCCACUUUAUAAAUGGAAAAAAAAAAAGUUAGGGCUCAGGAAGUCCCUUGUUUCGGGUCACCCAGCUGGUGAGUGGUAGGUCUGUGUCAGAUCUUUGCAAGGAGCCACUGCAUGAGGCCGCCUGUCUGCUCCCUCCAGCUCUGAGUCUGUGGCGCUCUGGCUCUUGGCUUGACCCUGCAGAGAAGCAGAAUCACCAGGCACGGGGCAUGCUGGGAUACUUCCUCCCAUUCAGCUGGGCUGGCCCAGAAGCUCUGCAACGUGAAUCCACCCGAAUAGUCCUUGAGGUAGGAAGGAAAUUGAGGACAAAACAAUAAAAGGAGACAGCCCAUAACCUCACUUAGGGGCUUCCUAAGUGGAAGAGUGAUGAGAAUCUCUAAUGAGUCAUGGAAUAAAAGACAGCUAUAGGUUGGAAAGCCCCAGAAUUGGAUUGUUGAGGACCAGCCCAUCCACCAAGUGAGUGGGGGCUGGGUGGUGCCUGGUACAGACAGGAACAGAGACAGGAGAGGGACAGGAGGCCCCUGAGGUCAUGAAGUGAAGAUGUCAUCCAUUUUAGUCAGAGCCCACCAUGGGCCUGGGUCACAGAGCAGGCAGGACAAGGUGGGAGUGCAGGAAGAGUGAAAAGGAGCAGACACUCCUUCUGCUAACUCCCGGAAGGGAGGUUGAGGUGUAUGCCCUGGCUUCCCAGUCCUCUUUCUCCAUGGGAGUAGGUAUAACCAACCGGCUCUCCUGGAAGAGGCCCUGAAUCAACCCCAGCCCUUUCAGUCUCGGAGAAUGAUGGUUAAAAUCCUGGGCAUUCAAGACCUUUCAGUGAACAUCAGCUUUCCUGUCACUUGCCAAAGGCUACCAGCCCCGUCUCCUCAUGCUUAAGUGAGUCACAUAGGCCUCUGCAAGACCGUUGCUCACGGCCCACCCCAUCCUGGGAUAGCCAUCACCAGUCUACGUCUAGCCUCGCCCACUCGCUGAUAGCCAGUGCAAACUCUGCUUCGUCCUCGACAUCCCCCAGUCCCCUGAACCUGUCUGCCGUUUGUAUUCUUCCUCCUCUGAACACCUCAGGUGCUUGGCACAUACUUGAAACAGAGGCUGAAAGGUCCCUAAGCCUUUGCUUACUCCUGAAUGUACCUCAAGGCCAGGAAACAGGCUAAUUCUCUCAGGAAUAAUAGGGAAGGAACUAUGCCCCCAGUAGUUCAUCUUUACAGCGCUGGAGGCCUUUGGGUACUUGCCCUGAGUCCACAGAGCAUCAAGGUCUGAAGCCCACAGUGUCUAAGUUCCCCUGUCCAGAAGCAAAA